UUCUGUACUAGCGUGCACGCACAAGAUGUUCGGUCCAUGCGGCUUCAAAUUUGGCCCACCUCGCGCGCUGGCGAGGUUGGUUGGUGAGAAAAAUAAAUGUGUGGUUGCUGGGCCCGCUCGGCGACAGCAGCGUCGACCAUUAAGCGGCGCAUGUUCGUGUUUGGGCCCCAGAAAGUGGACGGCACCGCGCGGGGCGGGGGGCGGCAGCGCCGCUUCCCGCCAUGGACGGCAUGGAGUUCUUCUUCGAGGAAUCUGCAGCAGGAUCUGGCUGGCUCUCGUUUGCCUGAGCAGGUUCGUGCCGCGGUUGGACAGCAGAGUUUGCUUAAGGGAUCUCGUUGCCGGUGAGCAACUGACUGAAGGCGGCACAAGUGGAACAGAGGAUGCGAGGAGGCUUUGAUUUCUUCUCUACCGAUGGAUUAUGAAGGGGGCGAAGGAGCUGGUAUGGGGGGUGCGCGUCGUAUGAUCUUGGCAACGAAGGGUGGGCGAUUCCUGCGAGAUAGGCGGUGCAAAUAUAGUCCCUGAUGCCGCGGACCAGGAUCCAGACGAAGAUGGCGUGGGAGUGUCGAGUGCAAACCAAUCUUCUUGGACCAGGAGGGUCAAAGUUGGUGUGUCACAGCCAAAAACUAUCUUAACAGAUCAAGCUCGCGCGAUGGAAAUUGCAAUAGGCGAUGUCAUGCCGCGGACUGCACAUCGGUGGUGCAAAUGGCACGUGCUGAAGAAGGCAAAAGAGAGCCUUGGGGCACUGAAAGGGAAGUGAAUUCAAGCCAGAAUUCAGCAAGCUAGUCCACCACAUAGUUAGUAUUGAUGAAUUUGAGAAGGGUUGGGCAUGCAUGAUUGAAAAAUAUGGCCUCCAGACCAAUGCAUUCCUAACCCAGCUUUAUGAAGUGAGGGGGAAGUGGGUGAAGUCAUACUUCAUGGGUGUGUUCUGUGCAAAGAUGACAAGUAUGCAGCGAAGCGAGAGCGCAAACCACCUUCUGAAAGGGUAUGUACCACCAGGCUGCCCCAUGCAUUUGUUCAUCCGGCAAUAUGAGAAGAUGCAAUUUGACGACAACUCAGAAGAAAGUUACCAGGAGAAAAGGACAAAACUAGUUGUCACUUGUGGGGGGAUUGUCCUGAAGCAAAAUAUCCCAGUCGAGGUACAUGCAUCGCAGGUUUACACCAGAACAAUGUUUGAGAAAUUUGGUGAAGCAUUGUAUGUGUGUGGGUCGUAUGAUCUAGUAGAAGUCAAGCCCCAAUUGGAGUACAUUGCUAGGCACAUAAAAUUCCAGUCAAGGGAAAAGUGGUGCAAGAAUGAGUUUGUCAUCUCCGUGAGUGAGACAAUCGAUGAGUUCAGGUGCGAGUGUGGAACAUUUGAGCACUAUGGAAUGGUUUGCAGUCAUGCGCUUAAGGUCAUGAUACACCUAAAACUGCAUGAGCUCCCUCCGAAACAUGUGCUCAAGCGAUGGACUAGAGAUGCAAGAGAUAUACUACUGCCGGAGUAUUUGCGCUACCAGAAGGACCAUGGGCCCCUGAAGUAUUCUUCUCGUCGACUGUCUAUAAGUCUAUGAGGAGUUUGGUAUUUACAGAGAAAGUCGACCCCUAAAAAUGAGGUUC